CAUAUAAAAUAACUGUGAAAACAAUGAGAUUUGGAAAACAAAUUUACAAGAAAAUGUGAUCGUUUGGUUUAAACUGUAUGAACUUUCAACCGCCUAAAGUAGACUCUUGGAAAUAAACAAAAAACGAUAGUUUAAUGAAUGCGAAGUUUAAUGAGAGAAUUAAAAAAGUUGAACUUUUUACCAGUAUAAUCUUUGUAUCUGGCAAGAUUUAUAGCUGCAAUGAAAAAGUUGUUUUGUUUAGGAGCUUUACAGCAGGGAACCUGAUGAGGAAAAUUUUCAUGCAGAAGGGUUCUGACCAAUUGAAUUGGAGCUGGGCUUGAAACGUGAACAAAAAGCUUGUAUACAAAAUGGAGGAAGUACUGCCGGAAAAGAGUUCUCAUUUUCUUGAAUCCAUCAACUUGGAGUCCGAAGACAAUCUGAGAGAGGGCCACUACAUAGCUCACGUGGAUGUCAGAUACCUAGACAAUAUACAAAGACUGAAGGAUAAGAUUAAAUCUUGUAUUACAUGCAAUGAGACCCUUUGCCCCGUUAUCAAGGAACGCAUAGAACGCCACAUACUGGAGCAUCACAGUAAUAAUCUACGUGACCAAGAAGCUGGAAGUACAUCACAAUUGGGCAAAGAUAUUGGUACGACAACUGAACAGCGACCGUUAUCAGACAAUUACAGAAGUAAAUAUGAAACAAAAUUACGAGAAGAAAUUAUAGUGUGGUCGCAAGACUUACCAUUAUAUCUAAACGAAGAGGACGAAAAUGCAAAACAAAAUCUUUUAAAUAAUUUCACUGUUGAAGUUAUUGAUCUAUCAAACAAUAUCAAUAAUAGUGAUUACGCAUUCAAAAUAAACGUGAAAACAGUGAAUCUAUUACACUCCCUACCACCACAUCCUGACCUUGAGAGAAAUGAAAGUGCAGUAAAAAAUUACUUGGCAUUAAAUCUCGCGGAUACCAUACACAAUGUAAAUGAAAAAGAAUUAAAUAUAAAAAAGGAAAUGGCCAGUGCUCUUACUGAUUCGGAUGACUUGUAUGAGAUAGUAGAAGACAAUCCGCAAUUUAACAGCAUUGGCGAUAUUAAUUUUAAUGUAGCUAAAAAAAGUCGCAUCGAUAUUAAAGGUUCUGAAAACACGUUUCACGAUAUUGAUAAAAAGUUAAAUAUAAAGGAGACUGACUCUGGUCAAACCAAAAAUAGAAAUAUAUCGACAGUUAAAAGUGGAACAUCAGAUACAGAAAUACAAGUUCAGAGAAGUGUUGCUAAUGCGCUGCCAAAAUAUGGAAAUGUAUUUAGUUUUUUCAACUCGCAGUCUGUUGAACCAAAGAAAAUAAAAGAAUACAACUUUGAAAUAAAACAGGAGAUUAGUGAAUGGAUAAAAAAUACCUUGGAAAAAAUUGAUCAAAACUACGUUUACUAUAAAGGCGAUACAAAUUAUUUAGUAGAAAUUAUUUGCAACUAUCUAAAACCUGUAAUAAACUAUUACUUCUCUGAUAAUUGUACAGAAUUAGCAUUAAAAAAUGAGAUAUUGAACAUUAUAAACAAUAUUCUUCUAAUUGAUUGUUAUAAAUAUGAUUCUGUUUUUAAAGUCCAUAUAGCAGAUAAUCUCAUAGAAAGAAUAAAGAGCACUAUUAUCAACAAACAAUUUCAGUCACAGAUUCAUAAUAACAAGUCAAACUCAUUUUAUAAGCAAAUAAAAAAAAUUGUAUUCGACUAUCUACAAAAUUAUAGACUACACCUACAUGAGAACAUAUUAAUGAGCGACGGAAUCGUAAAUUUGUUAUUGAACGAUUCCAUUCCAGUGCAAUUUAUCAAAGAUAAGUUAAUAUUUAUAUUUGAGAGAUCUAGCGAUUUGCCAAUAGAAGAUAUUGUUGAGUUAGUGGAUACAUUAGUAAAAUUAGGCAGAUGUACAAGAUUUUAUAACCGCUCUAAAGUGCUUACAGAAAUCAAGAAUACACAAGUGUACAGUUUCAAUAAUUUAACUGAGAAACCAUCAAGACGUAAUGAUUUUAAUGCAGUUUUUCUGCCUCAACAAGAAUUGAAAGCUGAAAUAGAUUAUACGGAUUAUAAAUUUGACAGUACGAAUAAUUUAAGACAAGAACCAAGAAAACUUCAAGAAAUAAAAGAAGUGAUAAAUGGAUGGUUGAACACAAUACCAAGGAAAUUUGUCACGUGCGAAGAAAAUAACUAUAGGGACAUUAUUGUUAAAAGAUUAGCGCGUGACAUCAAAAAACAACAAGAAAUUGAUAAAAAUAAAGCACCUAAGACAGCCGCUGAAAUUGAAAAACGCAACAUGAUCACUGUAUACAAAUGGUUAAAUAAGACUCACUUAUUCAAAGAUUUAAAUAACGCAAACUCGUUUGUCAAAAGUUUAGUUAAAAGCUUGCAAAAUAUUGUAAGCCAAACUAGUUUGAAUGACAAUUACACAGAAAUACUGACUAUAAAUCAGGGAACCUUGAAUUCUAUUGAAAAAACCAUACAAAAGCAUUUGAACAAAAUAAGUGAAAAAAUAGACAGCAUAAAUACUGAAGCUAGAGGUUCCGAUUCUAAUAGAAUAAAAAACGACACGAAAAUAUCUACAAUAAAUCAAGAAACUUUGAACUCAAUUUACAAAGUCAUUCAAAAGAAUCAAAAGUUGAAUAUAGGACUGCGAGAUUCUAGCAAUAUAAAAACACAAAUGACAAUUGAUAAUGUAAAUGAGUACGAAAAAGAAUCUGUCAUCGAUGAUAAAGUAAUACCAUUAACUUGCAACGAGAAUGGAAAACUAGAGAAAAUUUUGAAAAAACAUAUUCUAAAAUAUAUUGAUUCUAAGUGUUCCGAUGAAAGUUUUCGUGAAUUAUUAACACGUGAAUUUCCAGAUAUUAAUAACCAAUCUAGAAAUGACAUGUCUAGAAAUAAAUUGGAUGUUGAAUUGCACUAUUUAAUCGCUAUUUCAAACUAUCUGAAAGAUAUAACACUAAGUAGAAACUAUAAAUCAAUCAUUCAGCUAAUUUGUUCUUUAGCUAGAGACUUUAAAGACGGAUGUAGCUGUCUCAAUGAUAAAGUAGAUUUUUUUUUGAAAAUUCUUCCAAUUUCAUUAGAACUAAAAAACGAGAAAUGCAAACAAGAUAUUACUAAGGAAAUGAUCAAUGAUUUAAUUAUGAAUGUGAAUCAAAAUAUGUUAUAUUUACGUGAAAAUUGCCAACUUUGCCAUACACGUAUGAAUCAUAAAAAUACUUGCUACGAGAUUAUACAAGAAUUUGUUUGUAGCCAUGCUGAAGAUUUAAAACAAAAUGAACUUUUGUUGGAUGUUUGUUCACUGCAUUUGGUAAAAGAAUUAAAUUCUAAUAGAAAAGGUCAAAAAACUAAUAUUGCUGUGUUUAAAGAAAAUACAAUUCAGUAUCAUAAUGCUAGUAUUAAUAAUGAUAUUCUUGACAUUGAAGGUUUAGAAGAAAAUAUAAGAGGUAAAAGUUUACGUGAACGUUAUAAGCAAAAUCUGGAAUAUACACUCACAAUUACAAUGCCGAAUUCAUUAACAAUGUCAAAUGGAAAUAGUCCAUACUUUGAAAUAUAUAAGGACCGCUUAGCAAGCAUAUUUAUUCUUGAAAAUUUUGAUUGUGAACAAAGUCCGAUAAAAAUAAACUAUGAAAGGAGAUUACUUAGCGAUAUUGAUAGAUAUUUUCCAUAUGCUCUAGAAACUGUACAAUUUACGAAAGAUCAGUUAUAUAAUGCGUUAUACAGCACCCUCUUUUAUGUAUCCAUGCCUAGCGAUAAAUCGAUUGCCGAAGAAGUUGAAAUAAUUAAAUUGAGGUGUGAAAUAGACAUGUGGUUUGAUAAGUUACCGAUUAGAGAGGCAAAAGAAUUCAACGAUUUCAAUGAACGUCAGCAAAUAAUAAGCUUAUUGGCCAAAAAAAUUUAUGGUUUAGAAAAACAUGAUCCAAACUCAGAGGAAAAUAUACACAAAUAUAUUAAAAAUAUUAUUUUGAAAUUACCCAUUUUACCCGGCAAAGAAGUGAAUUUGGAUAAUCUUAUUAAUGAUUUACAAAGAAGGCUGAAAUUGACUGAAACAUUACGAAAACAUAGUAAUAAAACAGAUAACCUUUUUGAUAUUUUACAAAUUGAACCAAUUUUAACUAAAAAGUCCCAAUAUAAAUAUCUUAGUUAUGAAACUGACACACAAACUGUACUCCCUGGUUGUUGCAAAGUACGUCCAGUACUACACAAAAGGCCUUUAGAUAUAAUUUUAGAUUUAGUUGAAAAUUGGUGUGAGCAAAUACCAGUUCCAGCUACAACACAAGAAGAGAAAGUAAAUAUUCAGACGAUAAAAGAUCAAAGGAUAAUGAAACUUAUGAUAAUGAUAAGUGAAUUGAAUUCGAUUCCUGAAAUUUUUAAUGAUGAUACAUUAUAUGACAAAAUUCUAGAUGAUGAAAUAGAGAAUAUCAUAUUCAGUUCUUUGCAGUCGAAUUGUGAUUGUAUACGAAAAAAAGGAACAUUGAAGAGAAAAAUUAUAGAUGCUGUUAUAUCAGUUAAACCUCUUCUCGUCAACGAAGUUAUUAGAUAUAAAUACAAACAAGAACUCAAAAAUGUUGCAGACGAUGUGUUAGAAAUUUCUAACGCAGAAAAACGAAAACGAACACUGUGCCAUGAGAUGCGCAAUGAAAUUGUUGACAAUUAUAUUAUCUACAAAUAUCACAGAGAAGACAUUGAUAAUAAAAACAAUUAUAAAAUAUUAGUGAGCAAUGCAGUAUUUAACUUUUUUUCUAUUCCUACUAUAAGAUAUUCUAAUUACGUCGAUCCCUUAAUUAAAAGCAACCAAUUAAUUUGUGAACUAAAUAAAAUUCCACCUCCAAAAGUUGAGGUUUUAAUCGACGAAGUUGAAGAAAUCAGAAUGAAAUUCGAAGUAAACAAAUUAUUUAAAGACUUGUCAUUGUCGGACGACGAAGAAAGACUAGCUCUUAAAUUGCAAAUUAAAUCAACUCUAGCUAGACGGUUGUGCGAUUUAGAAAAAUCAGACCAUAGUUCUGCAAUAGACCUUAAGAUGAAAUAUGAAAUAACAGAACACCUUGCUAAAAUGAAUGAAACCGUCGAUGAUGAAAAAAUUAAGGCUUUUAUAGCACGGCUGAAGGAUACUGAAAAUAUUAGAAAAACACAUCCGCCGAACUUGUUUCUAAGUAACCCAUACAAUUCUAAUAGUCAAGAUCACACAUUGCCUACCUUCCGUGAGUACAAAUCUUCCGCAUUAGAAUAUACUUGCAAUUCGCCCCAAAGCACAAAUAUUGAUUCAUUGGGUGUGUUACCUGCAAAAAGUAACCAGAAGGAAUUCCGAGAAAGAUCAGCUAUGAAAAACAUAACUAAAUAUGAUUCAUCUUUAGAUGAAAACCUGCAUGCUUCUGCAAUAAAUAACCAACAGAAUGACUUGACUACAAAAUAUGGAAACAAAAUCUUUGAAAAAGAUAUGUCUAUUGAUAAAGAAUACGGUAAACCUUCAGAUGAAAUUAUGCACGAGUACCUCGUACGACCUCACAACUCACAACAGAAACGUUCUGGUCAUUAUGGUAUAUCUAGUACCAAACAGGUAAAUCCUCGGAUCUCCAAAAAAUAUAGUGAGGAGCUGCCACAUAAUUCUGGAAUCGUAGAGAGGGGCAAGUAUCCAAAUAGAACUCUAAGUUUGAUUAAACAAGCGAAAUCAUUAUCUGCGGAAAAUUUGGCACAGCCAUUGACAUGUCCGUUUAAAAACAUUAUCAAUAAUGGUGGCAUUACUUUAGGAUCAAGUCAAGAAGGUCCACUUUUUAAUCCCUGUAGUCGACCUGUUGAAACAAGAGGUUACUCAAAGCCUAUUGGUUCCGAGCCUCUGAGUAUAACAAAAGAAAAAAAGCAUCAAUUCGAGUUUAAAAAUUCACACAAAUGCUGUUACAAACCACGGACUGCUCGUAAAUCUUGCGCCAAAGUAUGUAAAAACUGUAAUAAAAUAAAUAAUAGUAAUGAACGUGAACCUAAUACUCCGGGUAGAUAACCUGGUUUUUUUAUAGCUAACUUUGUAAUGUAACUUAUGUUUUGAAACAAUAAAUGACAAGAUUCAUAUUUAUAUACUUUUCAA